AUGAAUAUAUCAAAUAAUAAUUGUUCUUUUGAUAAUAAUGAAAAUAAAAAUGAUAGUAAUCAAAAUAUUGAUAAUAAUAAUUCUAUACUUAAUGGUGAACAUAAAAAAGGUGAUAUUAUACAAAAAAACAAAAAAACAGAGAACCCAUUAGAUUCGAAUAAAUAUACAUAUAGUAUUUUAAAAAUUAUAGAUAAUCAUAAACAUGCUGUAUAUAUAAAUUGUAUUAAUGAUUUUAUACUUACCUUAUCACAAGAUAAUAUUUUGAAAAUGUGGGAUAUCAAAGGGAAUAAAGUAAAUGAAAUUAAAGAUAUACAUAAAGAUAGUGUUCGUGAUAUCAUAUUAUUUAAUAAUAAUAAAAAUGUUAUUACAUUUUCAAAUGAUGAAAAUAUUCAUAUAUAUGAUAUGAAUUUUGUAUUAUUAAAACAAUAUAAAGGACAUAAUGGUUUCAUAUUUUAUGUAUGUGUUAAUGAAUAUGAAAAAAUUAUGAUCAGUUGUGGAGAUGAUAAAACUAUCAAAUUCUGGUGUAUUCAAGAUAUAUAUGAAUAUAUGGAUAGAUCUCUUAAUAAUAAUCACUCUUUAGAUAAUACAUUGUCAUUAUUAAAAAAUAAUACUAACCAAAAUUAUAAUUGUAUACAAACUAUAUAUCUAACAGACACCCUUUGGAAUGUUAAACUGUUAAGUAACCUCGAUGUUGUAUCAGCAUCUAAUGAUAGUUAUAUUAGAAUUUAUACAAAUAAAAAGGACAAACAAUUAUCUCCAAAUAUUAUACAAAUGAUUGAAAAUAAAUAUGCUAAAAAAGAAGAAAUAUUAAAUGAUAAAAAUGAAAACCAAUAUGUAAAUGAUAUAAGUAAUAUAAAAAAUGUUGUAGGAAAAGAAGGAGAUAUUAAAAUAUUUAAAAAUGAAAAUAAAUAUGAAGCUUAUAAAUAUGAAAAUAAUCAGUGGGUUUUAAUAGGUGAUGUAAUAAAUGAUGUAAAUACAAAUAAAAAAUUUUAUAUAGGAGAUGAUUUAUUUGAACAAGGUUAUUAUGAUGAAUUAUUUUCUAUAGAUAUAGGAUUUGAUCAAAUAAAAAUUCUGCCUUAUAAUAAAAAUGAUAAUAUACAUUUAAUAGCUGAAAAGUUUUGUAAACGAGAACAUAUCUCAAUAAGUCAUAUAAAAUCUAUAGUAGAUUUUAUUAAUAAAAAUUUAAAUCAAAAUAAUAAUACUUCACUACAAAAUAAUAAAAAUAAUUAUGAUAAUUAUGAUAAUUUAAUUAACAACAAAAAAAAAAAAUUUAACACUAUACUAAAUGUUAUAACAAUACAACAAGCUGCAUUAGAUAAAAUAUUAGACAAAAUAAAAGAAUUUAAUUUAAUUUUAUCUGAACAAAAUAAUACAUAUAAAUUAAAUAAUGAUGAAAUAAAUUCUAUAUCCAAUAUAAUAAAAACAUAUAAAACAAAUAUUAAAACAUCAUAUCUUUUUAAUACUACUGAUAUUAAUGUAACAACAAAACUUUUCAAUUGGUCAUCAGAUUAUAUAUUCCCUAUAAUUGAUUUAUUCAGAAUUUUAGUAUUAAACAAAAAUUGUGAUUUCUUAUAUAAUAAUAAAUAUUCAAUUAAUGCUUUCAAAUUGGUUUAUGAUUGUAUUUCAUAUUAUAUAAAUAAUUACAAUAAUCAAAAUAAUACAAAUAAAUUAGAUUCUUUAUUAUUAUGUUCCUUACGAUUUUAUCUUAAUAUGUUCUAUCUAUCAACACCCAGAUAUUUUAUGUUUAAAAAAUAUAAUUUUGUAUUAAAACAAAUAAGUCAAAUACAAUCAAAAAAUAAUAAUAUUAUUUUAUUAUUAUUCAAAAUAUUUUUUAAUUAUAUAAUUACAUUAAAUGAACACAAUGAUAAAGAACUUAGAAAAAUUCUAUUCGAACAAAUUCAUACCUUUUCAAAAAUAAUUCAAGAUCCUGACACUUUAUAUACAUACUCUUUAUGUUUUCAUACUUCUUCUGAAAUAUAUAAUAAACAAACACAUGAAUUUAUUAAUAAAUAUAGUGUAAUCGAUUUUAUUCAAAAUAAAUAUGAUGAACUCAAGAAGAAACAAAAUGAAAGCAACGAAAAAACAUUUAAAAAUAUUUCCCUCAUAUUGGAAGAUUUGAAAAAUAUAUCAUAA